GGGGGAAGCUCAGUUCACGUCUGGCAGUAGUGAGGGACACACCCAACCUUCCGGGCUUCCCCUUCGCCCGGUCGCUGGUCCCCUCACCCGCUCACGCACGCCCUCGACGGGAACCCCUCGUUCGGUUCUGCUCCUCCCUCUCUCUCUCUCUCUCUCCUUUCCUCUUUUCCUCAUACCUCUCUCCCUCUCGUCUCUCUCUCUCUCCUCAUUUCGUGGCCCGAGCUCAGCCUUGAGGAGAAUAGCGAACACACAACGUUGGGGAAUAAAAAAGAAGACUGGAGAAUAACAGAAAAAGAAAAGCCGUAUGUUGAUGCCUGGUUUGUUUACAUCGCUCAGCGUGUCGGCGGUCGAGGGGCCAGCAGGAGAGGCAGCAUCGCCUGUGACUUCGGAAUUUCCAGCCCAGAGUUUGCUUUAGAUUAAAGAGGUGAGCAGGACCCUGCAGGAUGCCGGCGCCUCCUUCCACCGAAAACCUCCAUUCCCGAGGUCCUCAUCACCCCCACGCACUCUCCGUGGAAGUGUCUCCCCCCGAGGAGUACUUCCGCGGAGUGUCACCUCUCUGUCGCAAGAUGCUGGAUGACAUGACGGCCGUCCGGGAGAAAUGGGGUGACACGUGGAACGAACUUUCGUAUCAGCAGCAGUGUCGCGUCAUCGAUCAGGCUAUGGUGGACGAGGCUACAGUCCGGAGGUACGAGGCCGGGGAGCACCGGGGAGCGUGCGAGGAGCCGGACUGCGAGUAUUUUCCGAAGCUCAAGUUGCCGACGGGCCAGAAGGUCGUUUGCGACGAGAACCUCACCGCCAGAGGAUUCUCAUGCAGCUGGCGCGAUGAGCACUCCGCCCCCUUCUCGUGGCACACGCGCUCGCAGAUGGAUCUGACGCUCGACACGCCCCCGGCCACGCCUACUCACCCCAGCACCCCGACGGAGCCUCCGCCCACCACCGUCGAGGGCCAGGGGCGCGUGAUCCCGGGCGGGCGCGCAGUGUACACCGCCCGCCCGGUGUCCCUCCCGCGGCCGCCGAGGUUCCGCUGGCACUACGACCCGCCCGGCAGCCCCGACCCGCCGGCCGUGGUGGUGGCGGCGCCGCGCUCGGCCACGCUGCCCUCCAACCUCAACCGCGAGUCCCGACGCGCCAACACCUCCAAGUACAUGCUCAUCCGGAACAAAGCGGACGGCGGCGAGGGCGGGGGCGGCAUCCUGGCCAAGAUCCGCGGUGCCGUCGCGGCCCUCACCGCCACCUGCCUGCCCCUGAAGGCCACCUCGGGGCAGAACUCCCUCCUCUCCCUCUACAACGCCCCCAAGGAGGGCGGGGAGCCGGAGCUGCGCCCCCCGCACGUGCGCGUGCAGGCGACGGAGCCGAAGGACCCCCAGGCGCUCUCGGGCCAGGUGCCGGAGCCCGCCGACGCGAACGGCAACCCCGGCGGCUUCGUCAAUAACCCCCUGUCCGACCUGGCGUCCGACCCAGCGCUCGUCGGCUACUACUGCACCCUUCCCGACGACGAUGACGACGCCCCCUACACGCCGCGCGCCGCCCUCCUGCCCGAAAGAACUCGGGCCACCGUAAACACGCCGGUCACGCCCGAGCUCGAGGCCUCCUACAGACAGAUUCCCGACGGGGCCCCGGCGAGACUCUCGUCCGAAGGCCCCUCGACGGAGACCAUCUCCUCGGCGUUCACUUCGCCCCUCUCGGCCUGCCUGCCCACGCCCGUGCCGACGCCCACGACCUGCGAGAUCGCGAGGCCCAGCCUUGCAGAGGGCGCCUCUGCCACGCCAGCCGCCGCCCCGACCCCGCCGCCACCGCAGGCCCCGUCGCAGGAGGCCGCUUGCGUCCUGCGGCGUCCUCGGGAGAAGAACCCCUCGCCGGAACUGAGCGACAAGGAGCGCGACCUUCUAGAGGAUUUCAACAUCAACCUCGAGCUCAGUGCAUCGGAGAAGCGUGAGAGCAAUAUUCCAAAAACCGGUUUCGACUUCCUGGACAACUGGUAAAAAUGGCGAGUGCGAGAGAGAAAAAAAAUGGCGCUGGCUAUAGAGGUUGCACUCAACACACAUGAUGACACUCGUGCCCUACUAAACUCUUCAGCACUGUAUUUAGAUUAUAUAUCCUAAUACUACGUCUUGUGCUCGGUGUGUGUGUGUGUGUGUGUGUGUGUGUGUGUGUGUGUGUGUGUGUGUGUGUGGUGUGUGUGUGUGUGUGUGUGAGUGAGUGAGUGAGUGAGUGAGUGAGAGAGAGAGAGAGAGAGAGAGAGAGAGAGAGAGAGAGAGAGAGAGAGAGAGAGAGAGAGAGAGAGAGAAAAUAUUCGAAGGAAAACGAGGCACGAAAUCAAAAUGCGCUUCGUGAAUACGUCAGGAUUUUGAUCGGUUUGCCUGAUACAAUAAAACCUGAAAAAUGGACUAAAUGUUUAAAAAGAAAAAGACCUAGUGCUCAUAAAGUGCCCAAUUAAUGGCCCAGCAUUAAAUAUUGGACCACUUUUUUAUACUCAUUAAACUAAGAUUUGUAAAAGAUUUUUUUUCUUUUAUCCCAAGGUUAUGACUAGAAAUAUUGAAAUUUGCUCACAUAAUUUGUAAAAGUCACUUUAGUCCCAAGCCGAAGGGAAACCAAAACGAAUUUUUGCCUUUAUUAGUAAAAACAAACUAAAAAAAAAGUGUUAUCUUCAUUAAAUCGUAAGUUUGCAAAUAUAAAAAUGCAUCACAUUUUAUAAAUUUUUCAACUUCUGUUUUGUUUUGAGUGGUGCUAAAAGUGGAGAUCCUUGCCUUGCAUAUCUUGAGGAACGAGUGAUGUGCAAUAUUACAUGACAGAAGGAAAUGUGUUUUCUAUUGGCCAUCGAGACCCUAGUAUUUGUGUGUGUCUGUGUGCAUGUGUGUGUUCCUUACUGUAGCUGUAUAUCUUUUGUACACGAUGCAGGAAGUAGAAUUGUGCAGUUAGGUACUUUAUAAUAUAAUAACAAUAAAACCAAUAAUCACUGGAAAUACAUUUCUCACUCAUACACGAGAUUUUGUUUGUUUGUUUGUUUUGUUUCAUCCUUUGCAGAUAUGGUUUUGCAACUUGUACCAUUACAGUACCAUACUCUCAAAUAUAUGUAGGAUAAUGUUGUAUUUGUACCGAUUCUAGGUAAGGAAUAAAACCCAUAAAGAGC